UCUGUGAGGGGCUCUGUUUGCUGUUGGGAGCCAUGCUCUACCAUCUCGUUACGGUGCUGAGCCUCGUGGCUCUGACUCGCGGUGCAGAGUCGGGAGACUGGAACUACAAUGUGACUGUUUACACGGGAACUGAGACUGCAGCCGGGACAGACGCCAAUGUCCGCAUUUGGAUCUAUGGGGACGAUGACGCAGAAAAUAUCAUACUCAGCCAUUCAACAAGAUACCAGAAUGCGUUUGAAAAUGGCCAGGUUGACGAGUUCCUCGUGAAGCUGCAUCCUCUUGGGAGAAUCAAGAGCAUUAUAGUUGGCAACGAUGGGUCACAUUCUUUCUCUGGUUGGAGUUUCAAACAACUUGUGAUCAAGGAGCGGAGCAGUGGAUGCACGACCAUGUUUGUGUGCGAGUGCUGGAUAAACGGCCAAAAGAAGACGCUUUUUCCCAAGGAGGUUACAUCGUGUGAGACAGAGACGAAUCAUACAGCGACUACAGAUGUCACCACUGUCUUCAUAAAAGUGCACUCUUAUGAUACCAGAUAUCCAACGGAAAAAACAUCGCAGACCCUGCACACAGUGAAGCCGAGUUCGAAUCCUAAUACUCAGCCAGUCACUGGAGUGAAUGAACUCGUGCUGGGAGGGAUAGUGGUGGCUGGAGUCAUAUUGCUCCUAAUCUUCAUAGCCGUGAUCAUCGUGAAGAAGAGGAAUGAGACGGCAGAUAAGGAGGUGGCCGGGAAAUCGGAUGGAGAUCAGUGUGUGUACGCCAAUCUUGAAAUGAUGCCAUCUUCGUCCAUUCCUCGCCCCGUCUCGACAAACAGCACCACGUACGCCACCGUCACAGACUCGAGGGUCCAGGACGAAGGGGUGGUGUACGCCGAGAUGACCACUGACCGUUUCACCGGAGCUCCCAGAGAAUCCACGGAGCCUAACGGGCCCAGUACGGUCUACUCAGAGGUCCAGGCCCACAGGCCUUGACAAGACCUCCCUUCAACGAACCUUCACUUUUGCAGCCGCAGUGUUUGAAUUUGCUUUUCUUAUUUGUCAACUUUAGUUUUUAGAUGUUUAUAUUUCUUUAUUUUAGCUUCUGUUUGUCAGUGGUUUGAUGACUCCAUGAAUUUGAACUGAAUGAAACCUUGUUUCAUUGUCUACAAAGGCCAGGCAUAAUUCUGAUUGAUAUCCACGUGUCUUUUCGUUGUUUGUAUUCAAAGGUCGUUAACCAUUUCUAAUUCUCGCUUGCUCAUGUUGUUGGAUGGGUUCUACAUUGUCCAUUAUUCUGUUUCCAGUCUGGUGAACAUAUUUUAGAUUUGGUUUGUUCUCUUAGGCUUUCACUAUCUGAACUGACUGCGAUGGAUCCAGAAAUCUCAGACCACUCCGUGGUCCUCUUUGAUAUAUCCCUGCCCCCUCCUGGUCCUUCUAUUGAACAUCAAAUUUCAUUUAGCAAACGUCCUAUCGAGUUCUCCACUCGCUGACGACUGUCAGCUUCCCGCUGAAGAAGCUACUCAAUUAUAAAACUAUGUUCUGUCAGAGAUCCUGGAUCAUUUGGCUCCCCUCCAAACCCUUUGGACAUCUUCCUAUCACCCUUCGCCAUGGCACAAUGCAGAAUUGAUGGCGCAAAAAUGUACUGUCCGUAAACCAGAACGUACUUGGAGGAAGUCUGGCCUCACUAUUCGUUACAAAAUAUUUAAAGAACAGCUUCUUACUUCACGUAACAACAUUGCAUGGGCUAAAUCCUCCUACAUUGCUGGUCGCAUUGCAAAUAGUGAUAACAAUACUCUGACCUUGUUUUCCUGUAUCAGUCAACUUUUGAAUAAGGAACCAAAUGUAACCCCCCACUCCUCCGCUGAUUUCUGUACCAGAAUUCAACAGUUUUUAAAUCCUUUAUAUUAAGUUCGCAUGCUUGCUUGCUUGCGUGCUUGCUUGCUUACGACCGUGCAAAUCUUUCGGUCGUUUUUUAACCCACUUCCCGUGAUCCAAUCGAGCUGACAUUUUCCACACAGACUCGUUGUGCCAGACAAUUAAUGUUCGUGAAAAAAAUUCCCAAAAUUGUACACUUUUUAGGCAAAAAAAAAAAUAUUUUACAUAUAUUCAAAUAGAACUCAUUCAUCGCUUAGGCUGAACGUCACAGUAUAAGAGCCCAGAGCGUAACCCCUCCACAGGCCGUGGCGGAGUAGCGCAGUUGGUAGCGCCCUCGCUUCCCAUGCCAAAGGUCGCGGGAUCGAUCCCCGCGUCCUCCACAGGCGAAUAUAUUUUUAAAUCCUUUAUAUUAAGUUCGCUGCCACGCAUAUAAAGGAUUUAUAGUGAAAAACUUUGUUUUUACGGGUUAUACUUAUUUCACGAUAAAAUUUCCAUUAUCCGGUCCAAAUUACUGUCACUUCCCUCUGUUCCCUCUCUUUCCUACUUGCAUCCAGCUAAGUUUGAGACCAACAUUUUUACGGAGUUUCCCGCAAUUUCAACUGCAGAACUUCAUAUCUUUAUUUGCUGCUUUUCAACCUACCAGCUGUUCACUGGAUCCGUUCCCUUAAAGGCUGUCCCGUCACGGGAUCUUUAACGUGCCCUGCGAAGCGUGGAUGUUGCUCCCGGCCCACCGGGAUUUGUC